CGAUGGGGUGUGUUUGCACGAAGAAACGACGCAUAUUCGAAGACCCGUCCCUUCUUUCCUCUCAAACAAUAUUUACUGUCAAAGAGAUCAAAGCGUUAAACGAGCUGUUUCGAAAACUGGGCAGCACUUUCGUCGACGAUGGCUUCAUUAACAGAGAAGAAUUUAAACUUGGAUUGUUUAGGAAUAGCAACCAUCACUCUCUUCUUGCAGAUAGGAUGUUCGAUAUGUUCGACUCCAAAAACGAUGGGGUGAUAGAUUUCGGCGAGUUCGUCAGAUCACUCAGCGUAUUCCACCCCGAUACUCCUCAACAAGACAAAGCUAUUUUUGCGUUUAAGUUAUACGACACUAGAGGAAACGGAUACAUUGAAAAAGACGAGGUUAAGGAGAUGAUAAUCGAGUUGCUUAACGAGUCGAACUUGAUACUGCCUGACAACAUUAUCGAAGCUAUAAUCGAUAAGACAUUUGAGGAAGCGGAUACGGAAAACGAUGGGAGGAUAGACAUCGAAGAAUGGCAAGCGUUUGCGGAUCGAAGACCGUCCUUGUUAAGGAACAUGACUAUUCCUUACUUGAAGGACUUACCAGCUACAUUUCCGAGUUUUGCAACGAUACCGGAAAGAUUCGAUGAAAUUACGACGUGAAAUUAAACUUUUGUUCCAUGAUAUGAAAUGUUUCAAUCUGUCAAUAAGUUUUUUUCUUUUUUUUUUUUUGGCAGAAAUUCUUGAAAUAAAAUAAUUUAUUUAUUA